AUGUCACAUGAUUUUGGGAAGUAUCUUUACCUUGAAAAGAAGUCACAAGAGUUUGAGGAAUUUGUCAAGAGUUCAUUAUUUAUAAGUACAAGCGAUUUUACACUAGAUAAAGAAAAGGACUAUCUUGGUGCUGGAGAGUUUGGAAAAGUUUAUAAAAUUCAAAUGAAAGGGACGUCAUUUGCUUUGAAGAUUAAUAAAAAUCCGGUGUGUAAAGAAUAUGCCCCAGGGACUGUUUCCGAGUUAGAAACGUUACGUGGGUCGCACAACAACAACGUUGUUUUAUUUGUUGGUCUAACUUUUAUAGACGAAAGACUGGGGAUUAUAACUGAGUACGUGGACUCCGACUUAGAGACUUUCAUUCACAAAAGAAGCUCCCCGCGAUUUGUUAAAGUGUUUGGACAAUUAAACAUCAACUUAGACUUAAAAAUACGGAUAAUGGAACAAUGUUGUUUAGGGGUCCAGUGGCUUCACAAUGCCUUUGGUAUCAUCCACCGAGACAUCAAGCCUGCCAACUUUUUGAUGAACACGUCCUUUGAAGUUAAAAUCUGUGAUUUUGGUCUUGCGGUGAAUAGAAAGAUUGCCAACAAGCAAAAGAAAGGGACUUUGUUGUACAUGUCUCCCGAAGUCUUAAAAGAUGAAGAAGAUUAUGGGAAGCCAGCUGAUGUCUACAGUCUUGCAAUAACACUGUGGGAACUUUUAUAUGAAAAAGUGCCAUUCUGUGAAUAUGAAAAGAAGUGUGAAAAGGACACGAGUAUAUUUGAGGCUUUAGUAAUAGACAACGUACGACCAAUUCUUCCUCACAUCUUUUUAGAAGAGUAUAAAGGCAAAAAAGCCUUUGAACAGAUGUGCCAAAAGAUAGCAGAGAAUUACAAGGAAAAGAUGAAUGAAAUACCAAAGUACUUGGAAGAGAUAUUAAAAAAGGCUUGGAAGGACAAACCAACAAGUCGGAGUGAUAUCAAUAAAUUAGUUGAAGACGUCUCUGUGGCUAAACUCUCUAAUGUUUUGAACUCACAAAGCGCAUCGGAGUGGUGGUCUAAGCACUUUGGGACGGACAAGACUCGGACUGACAAUUUUGUCACAUCCAAAGUGUUUUCUGAAGCAUUAGCAAAAACAUUCAAGUAUGACACUUACGAUCAAAAAGCGACCGAAACCGCGUUUUCACCAAGUGGCAGUGUCGACAUCCUUCGCUUCAAAUUUCUGAUUUCGAUCUUUGGGAAGUUCUAUUUGAACAAGAAUCAGUUCCUCAAAAUGUUAGAUAUCAUCCAAGCCAAAUGGUACAAUCCAGCUUUAAACAAAGCAACUGCUGCUGGUCAAAUGGAAGGGAGAGUCGAUGGGACUUUUUUAAUUCGAGAGUCCACCACAGACCCCUCUUCUCCACUUACUCUCUUAAAAAUGGUGAAAGGGAAGGUGUCUUUAGUCCGAAUUGAAUGUACAAAGAAAGGAGAGUCUAUUCUCUACACAAUACUCACAAAAACAGAGAAAGAGUCUUCCGAGUAUCUAUGUGAUUUGAUCGACAAAUUAGUCACUCUUAAAGUGAUAACACAACCGUGUCCAAAAGAAUAUAAAGAAUCAAUUUAUUAA